UAAACUCGAAAAAUGAGGCUUGGGUCUGGGAAAACUGGCUUUUAUUUUAUAAUCCAAUCUCAUAGGCUCCUCUGUCGUUCUGCGUCUGCGAGAAGAAAGAAACCCUUCCUCAUUGCUCAGAAGCCGGAGUUCCUCGCCGUUCUCGCUCACGCCGGCGGCUGGCCAGUGCUCCUCCGCCAACACCAUUUCUCCUCCGUAGUCGUGCUCAUCCUCAUUCCACUGCUUCUCCUCCUUCACCAUUGAAGAUCCCCAUUUUCUCUCUUCAGACUGGUCUCUCAUCUCCCCGGCGUUGCAGUGCGGCUUUGUUCUUGUGUCGAAGCUAAAUUUCUGCCUCUCACUGUUUCUUCGCUCGUCGAUCUUCUCUCCCAUUUCUCCCUAUCAGUAUCCUCUCUCCUGGUCGUUCUUCCUCUCAUCCCAUCUCAUCUGCUCGUUGUCACUCUGUCGCCGGCAUCAAAUAAACUGCUACCUUUGUGAUUUUCAGUUGGCAGGAGGGGCUGCAGCUAUACAACAAGUGGCUAUUUGCUUGGAUUUGCUUCUUAGCUACUCGAUCCUUUAAGUCAUUGUGGAUGCUGGCCUGAUGCUAACAUUGUCUAAGCUCAGGAAAAUAUUUGAAAUCCCCUGGGGACCUAGUGUCUGUCACAGGCAAAAUCAUCGUACUUUGAGAGAAACAAAAUGGCUCUCUCUUUCAUGCCCAGAAAAUGACUUGUACCAACCGAAUCGCUUCUCUAGAAUGGAUAACCCUACUACCCUAAAGCAGCCUGAUUUGCGGAUGGGCACCUGUCUUUGCAUUUUGUUUGCGUUGAAGGCUGAAAGUCUUAGAAGUCGGCCAUCGCUUAACUUGGUCUGUGAUACAAUCUCUAGAAACAAUUGGUUUUCACUAUAUUUUGAAGCUCUUGAACAACUUAGAACAAGCAGGGUUUUGGUAACUUCGGAAGCUUACCGUAUUUUGUUGAGGACAUAUCUAGGACAGGGUAUGGUGGAAAGAGCCCUAGCAGUGUUCUGUAGAAUGAGAGAAUUAGAUUUUGAGUUUGAUGCCCAUACAUACAAUACAAUUAUUAAAUCUCUAUUGCAGAAAGAGAUGUAUUUGCUAGUGUUUGCGUUGUAUAAUCUGAUGAUAAAGUUAAAUUGCUGUCCUGAUGAUUAUACUUACUCUUUGUUGAUUGAUGGAUUCUGUAAAUGUGGAAGGAGUGAUGAGGUGAUUGAAAUUCUUGAAGACAUGGACAACAGUAACAUACGACCAAAUGUGAUAACAUUUACUUCUAUUCUUUCUGGUUUGUGUCAGGGCAAGAAAGUGGAUUAUGCAUAUAGAUUGUUCAACAAGGUGAAAGGAAAUUGGUUUCAACCUGAUUUGAUGAUUUAUAGUGUUUUACUUGACGGGUUUUGCAAGCUAGGGAGGUUUGAUGAAGCCCUAUCCAUGGUCCGGUUGUUAAAGAUGGACGGGUUUGCUCUUGGAGUUGAUAAUUACAGUUGUAUUAUUGAUGGCUUAUUUAAGGCUAGGAGAUAUCGCGAAGCAUAUUCAUGGUAUGCAAAAAUGUUCAAGGAGGGCAUUAUGCCUGAUAUUGUUCUUUAUACCAUCAUGAUACAUGGGUUGUCAAAAGAAGGUAGGGUUGGUGAAGCCAUAAAGUUGUUAGAUGAGAUUGUUCAGAGUGGACUUACUCCUGAUGCUUAUUGUUACAAUGCUGCAAUCAAAGGUUUUUGUGAUAUUGGUCUUCUUGAUCGAGCUCUGUCUCUUCAACUUGAGAUUUCUGAGCAUGAUCAAUUUCCGAAUACUUGCACUUAUUCCAUUCUCAUCUGUCGCAUGUGUAAGGACGGAAUGGUUGGGGAGGCACAACAAAUAUUUAAUCAGAUGGAGAAGCUUGGAUGUUUGCCUUCCAUUGUCACCUUCAAUUCUCUUAUAGAUGGACUCUGCAAGGCUGGUCAGCUUGAGGAGGCACGAUUAUUGUUUUGCAAGAUGGAGAUUGGGAAAAAUCCUUUGUUGUUUCUUCGGCUUUCUCAAGGUGGCAAUCGGGUUGUAGAUGGCAUUGGACUUCGGAAAACUGUGGAGCAAAUGUGUGAAUCAGGACAAAUUUUGAAUGCAUACCAAUUGCUAAUUGAUAGUGGGGUUGCUCCAGACAUAUCGACUUACAACAUUCUGAUAAAUGCUUAUUGCAAAGUUGGUAAUGUAGAUCGUGCACUUAAACUCUUUGAGCACCUAAAGCUCAAGGGGCUCUCCCCAGAUUCUGUUACUUAUGGGACGCUUAUUGAUGGGCUUUAUAAGGCUGAUAGAGAAGAGGAUGCCUUAAAGCUUUGUGAGCAAAUGUUGGAAGAAGGAGGUGAGCAUAGCUCUUCAGUUUAUAAAGCACUUAUGACUUGGUUCUGCAGAAAGAAAAAGGUCUCCCUGGCUUUCAGUGUUUGGCUGAAGUAUUUAAAUAACCUUCCUGGCCGAGUAGAUGAUUCAACCAAAGUUUUGGAGGAAUAUUUUAAUGGAGGACAAGUCGAAAAAGCAAUUCGAAGGUUAUUAGAACUGGACUUUAAAUUCAAAGAUUUCAAUUUAGCUCCAUAUACAAUUUUACUUAUAGGUUUGUGUCAGGCAAAAAGAGUAAGAGAAGCACUAAUAAUUUUUUCUGUUCUUGAUGAGUUCAACAUCAAUAUCAACCCUCCAAGUUGUGUACAUUUGAUUAAGGGUCUUUGUAAUAUAGGCAAGCUGGGUAAAGCAGUUGAUGUGUUUCAUUAUGCUUUGGACAAAGGUUUUGUUUUGGGUAGACAAAUUCAUAAUCGACUCCUCAUGCUUCUUCUCUGCUCUCGAACUGAUAAGGAAUAUGCUGCUGCUCUUGUUAAAAGAAUGGAAUCUCUCGGAUAUACUUUGCAUAGGUAUCAUUCAAAGAAAGUGAGGUCUCUGCUGCUUCAUUAUUGGGGACAACAACUAAAAUACCGGAGACAUCAAGCAGAUUACCUGAGACGAGAAUGGAAAGCAAGGACUUAAUUCUCUGAAGUGAUUGAAUGGUGCUGAGAGGUCAUCUUGAAUGGAUAUCUCCAUUUGGAUCUUCACCAUCUUUUCUCUUACGCAGAAUGCUCAGAACCAGGUGUCACAAUCUGUAAACCAGAGUUUGCUGCUGGUCAAUAAUAUGGAGUUUGGUCUUUGGAUAGAUACCGUGUUGGAUAAUCUAAUUGAAUUGUCAAAUGGAAGUAAUGUGCAAUUAUGAUGGCCAUCCAAAAUGUAAGCAGGAGAUGCACUGCUGUCAAAUUGUCUCAGCAGCCUGAAAGUCAGUGUAUGAUUCAGUCUUCUCCAUUAAUCAAAACAAGAUUAAUAAUGACCAUGCGUGCAUGGUAGAGAAAUUUGAGGGGCUUGCAAUGCUACACCUAUAGAUAAUUGGCUGUGGAUUAUUCAAGGAUAUUUUUAAUUAGUACGUCAUUCUUAGAUGUAAUUGAUUGAUCAGGUAAGAUGUUUAUUUACUCAUUCUCAAUGGGUUUUUGACUUGGCAAUUCAGGUUUGGUUUGUAUAUUAAUUUAAUUUGCGCAAAGUUUUUUUAGCAAUGAACCUAAAAUUCUGGGUAUUUUUAUUUUCCUGUCAUUAAAAGGGCAAGCUGAUUUUGGCCCCAAAAAAAAAAAGGCAAGCUAUUUGCGGUUUGUUUAUUGUUAUUUGCAAUUAAUUAUUUUGAUAGAAUUUGUUGCUUUUUCAUUGAUGAUGAAUUUAUAUUCUCCUCAUAAUUAAUAAAAGCCGAGUUAAAAGUGUCAACAGCCUCUGUUCUAUAUUCAAAACGAAUGAGUAAACAGUACAUUUGUGAACAAUAGCCACUAGGUUCAUUAAAAUCUCUUUAAAUAGGACAUCCAAGGGAUUCUAUCCUAACUACUUAAUGUGAAAUGUUCUUGGAUCUGAAUCUAAUAGCAGAUAACCAAUUUAAAUAGAAGAAGGAAACAGAGAAUCUGAAAAUUAACAAGAAUAGAAGGCAGCCGUUGGAGGAUCUCAGCUGCAAAAUCUCCAUCAAUAAUUAAUAUAUAUUGUCUAAUGCUGGUACAUAAUAUGAGCACCAUUCUAAUUAAGAAUGAGUAAAAUACUUGGUUUCCUUCAUAAUUUUUCUGUUUGGGGUCUGAAUAUAGAGAGGCUAAGUAGAUCUGGGUUUGUAUAUAGGAUUAAAAAAAUUGCUAUUGGACAUUUUUUUUUUAUUUGAAAUUAUAUAAUUGGUCAUAGGAGACAAGAUAUAUUAUUUAUUGUAUUUUUGUGAAUAAAUUUCUUGUAGAUGAGUCUACUUGAAGGGAACUAAUUCAUUUAGGAAUUUUUAAUCUAAAUUUGUCACUCCUUUUAUUCUCUCGUGUAUUUCCAUGGAUGCUCCCUUGGCAUCAUUUCAUUUUUUGUGUACUCCAAGGCAUGCUUAUCAUUCCUGUUGUGCAUAUCAUGUGUGAAGAACAUCCACUGCGUUUAUAGAUUGAGUUCUGUUAUGCAUUCUUGGGCUCGUUUCUUUUGAAUUGUUCCAAUUCAAAUUUUGUUACCCAUUUCUAUUUCUUAAAAAAAAAAAAAUUAUUGGCUAGCAUAAAAUUUUAGGUAUAUGCAUGAUCGAUUAUUUUAAUUUUGCUUGGUAUAGUAUCUUCUGUAAAAUUUAUUUCCUUGCUGCGAUCUGUUAGUCGAUAUGCAUCCAUGAUCAGGUAGCCACUUGAAGAUAUUCCAGUCCAAUGUGCCCUUGUAGAUGUUUGUACGAUAAGGAAGGGAUCAACUCAGGUCUUCCUUUUCAUUUUAUUAUUGUAGAACCUUUUACACCAUCUUUUAUUGGAGUUCUGUGCAGAUUUUCUUUGGCAUGUCUAUCUAUCCUUAGCUUGCCAUAGUUGCGCCUUGUUUGUUCGGCAUUAUUAUCCGUCCUCUAGAUUUUAGAAUAUUGGCUAAUGGCUGAUGAUGCUGUAACGUGGAUUGCAUUUAAUAUUGUCCUUCAUUCUACUAUAUAUUACUUCUUUUUUUUUUAACCAGUACUUUAUAUACCUUUACAUUUUGCCUUUAUCUCCAACAAAACUAUGCUUUGCUGGUCUAUCUUAUAUGCUGCCAAAAUAAGUCUAGAUAAAAUCGCGUAUAUUACCAUGGAACAUGCAUAUAUGUUAUGCUCUGAAAUCAUCUUUUUGGCAGUAAAAUUAAUUUGAAUUAAUUUGUAUAUAUACUGCCAUUUUCAAGGCUUAAGUAAGUGUUGGGAAGCUGGUCAUGGAAAAAUCAAUUUGUAUUCUGAUUGUCUUGAAGCUGUGAACCUGACAACUAGAAGCUGUGAUGCAUCGCACCCCUUCAAAGACGUUAUUGUGGAUGCGCAGAUGCUGUUUUAUGGAGACUGGACGGUGGAAGUUUUCCGUUUGUUUUGGGAACACAACUGUUAUGCUAAUUAUUUAGCUAGAUUUGCUCAUACAUUUGAUGGUAUUUUUUUUGUAUCUUUGAUCAUCCACCAACCCUCCCACAAGGGUUGGCGAAUGACGAGGGAUCCUCCCCUCUGAUCAACUCCAAUGCUCUGUAGCUUCUUUUGCUUUUGAAUUCGAGUACUGAUUCAAAGGAAAUAAUCUUUUCAACUUUUUGUAAGUUCGGUGGACAUCUAUGAUCCUUGUAACUUGGAUUCCUUACUUUCAUGGAGGAUAAAGAUUUUGUCAAUUCUUAUACCAAA